UGAAGUGUUUUUGUGGACAGUUUUCGUGAUGGUGUUAGCUAAGAUCUACGGCGUUUCUUCAAUUUCUUUUGGCUCUAAGUAUGGAGACGACUUCCUAGAUUAUAAUGCAGUAUUGCCGUCCCAGGAAAAUGAAUUUAGCAAAGAUAAUUUUAUAUCCUUAGAAGUCAAACUUGAUCCGAACUGCUCAGAUGGUUUUAGAAAUCAUAACCUUAAUGUUCGUUGCAGACAUUUUACACCUGAGGAGAUCAAGAGCCUUGAAGGUGGUGCUACAUGUGAAGAAAACGGGGAGAGAUAUUUACACUUGAUAUUAUGGGAAGACGACUUAUCAAGGCAUGGUCUUAGAACAGGUCAUAUAGUAGAUAUCGACAUGUUACCUAUGAAACUCUCACAGGUUAUACUAACUGCCAAAUACGAUAAAAAACAUGCACAAGAUCUUUCACUUCUUUUGCAUGGUCCCGARCAUUUUCUUUUUGAUAAAGUCAUGUCUGUAGGUAAUCAGAGGUUUUUAGAAUUACAGCAUGAAGGUCAAGCUUUUAAAGUAGAAUUAGAAGUCAAACAUUGUGAACCAGUGUCACAAGGAACAACAGAUCUUAACRCAAAAUGGGUUAUAAUUGACGCAAGUUAUGAAGACAGCUUAGAGUGUAUUGGCAACACUUGUCRAUCCAAUGCAUCYGUUGAUAUCAAAGAYAAUCCACUACCUCUCCUWAUUGCUGACUUUGUUUCUCCUCUCAAAGAUCUGUGGGAUGAAAAUCUCCAARAUAAGACAAAACRGUUKAGGAUUGAAGUYGAAUACUGGAAUGAUUUGCAUCUUGCAUUUAUGAAUUCAAUAAGGAAUGAAUGGAAAUUUGAUGAACAUGAUACMCAUUGCAUUUAUGUUUCCAUGGAAACUCUGAUGGAACUGCAAGUCCACRAUGGUUCCUGGGUAAAAGUUUGGCUACAUAAAGAUACGUCAAAGAAUAACAUAKCAAURAAAGGCACAAUCAAAAYUGAAACUACAUGUAUUCAAACCRUGGAAGAAGAAGCCAGCAAUUGUAGCACUUCAAUCAGUGACAGAAAAGCAACAGGAAAAGCUGGCAGUAGUACUUGUCAUUAUGUGCAACUCCUUGCAAUUACUCCUAUUGAGAAAGCUUUAAACAUUUACAUCCCAAAGGCACAGCAAAUCCAAGUUCUUGACAUGGAUGAGUAUAUUAUGAAGGCAAGGAAGACGGUGCAUGUUUCAUCAGUAUUGAUGUUCAAUCUUUUACAAAGUGUUCCCAAUAAUGAUUCAAGUGAAUUAUUUUUGAAUCUCGACACAGAAACAAUGAAAUUUGCUAAACCUGACUUAUYUAAUACAACUUCAGUAUCAUUUGCACAAGAUGCACAUUUAUCCCUCAUCAAGACCCCCUUCACAAACCCAGGUGAUGCAUUUGAUGAAUCAUUAAAGAGACAUUUUUUCAAACCAAGACUGUUAACAGUAGGGGAUGUUUUGUGUGUCAACUUUGACAGUAAAAAGGACUCAGUAAAUUCAUUGAUGGUAGAAGAAAACAGAAAUUUAAGGACUAUCUAUUUUAAAGUCAAGAGACUAGUUGUAUCGGGUAAAGAUGAGUCAUCAGGUUUGGUUGAUACAGAUCAUACUACAGUUUAUCAGACCACAUCAGUCCAUAGUUUUGUUCCAACUUAUACACAAUCAUUUGUGAACAAAUCAAACUAUUGGUUGUUAAAAACACCACCUGGUCUUCAUGAACCUACAAGGGAAUUGAUUAACAUCAUUAAACCUUACUUGAAGGAACAUGUGAAUAUGAUGCCAGCUGUACUGCUGACUGGACCUAARGGAGUAGGUAAAACAACAGUUGUCAUGGCAAUAGGAAGACAGCUUGGUGUGUGUGUUAUGAACAUCAACUGCUAUGACAUGAUUGGAGAGUCUAUGGCCGCAACAGAAAGCAGAGUAAACAACUUAUUCCAAAAAGCCAUGAACUCUCGACCAUKUCUUCUACUACUCCGUAACAUUGACAUACUAGUCAAAGACAGAGAUGGACUUGAAGAUGAGCCUCGUGUCACCAGCACCCUCAUGCAAUGCAUUGGYAACUUAAAGGAAGUAACAAUGUGGCCAGUAGUUGUCAUAGCAAYGUCAUCUUCAAAUAAUCCMCUUYCAACACAGCUUUAUUCAUGUUUUCUUCAUGAGGUCAGUGUACAGACUCCUGCAGAACCACAAAGAAGGCAAAUAAUWGAAGCCCUGGCAUCAAUGUGUCAGGUUGACCAAGAUGUGUCCUUUGGCUUGGUAUCAAAGAAAACAGCAGGUCUAGUUUUAGCAGACAUUGUUUCUCUGUUCACCAAGGCUGCCAAGAAUGCUUGCGAAAGACUUUUAAAGAAGACUCAAAUCAAUUCCACUGAGCAAGAAGACUUCAUUACUGUAAAGGAAUUUGAUAAUAAAUAURAUGAAGGGCUUGAUGAAAGGUUUGAUGCCAAMAUCAACMGGAAAGACUUUSAAGAAGCCAUUGAGACCAUUAGAGCAGAGCACUCUGAUACUAUUGGUGCCCCUAAGAUUCCUAAUGUUUUAUGGCAAGAUAUUGGAGGAUUGAUUGAUGUAAAGGAAGAAUUAUUAGAUACCAUACAACUACCGCUUCAACAUCCUGAACUAUUUGCAUCUGGGCUUAGACGAUCAGGUGUUCUUUUAUACGGCCCACCCGGUACUGGUAAAACAUUGUUGGCAAAGGCUGUUGCUACAGAAUGCUCCUUAAACUUUCUCAGUGUGAAAGGCCCAGAGUUAAUCAACAUGUAUGUUGGGCAAAGUGAGCAGAAUGUCCGUCAGGUUUUCUCAAGGGCACAGAGUGCGACACCAUGUGUUAUUUUCUUUGAUGAACUUGACUCACUGGCUCCUAACAGGGGGAGGAGUGGGGACUCUGGAGGAGUUAUGGACAGAGUUGUCUCACAGUUGCUUGCUGAGCUGGAUGGUCUGCAUAAGUCAUGUGAUGUAUUCGUUAUUGGUGCAACUAACAGACCUGACCUACUUGACCCAGCCCUUUUAMGACCUGGUCGCUUUGAUAAGCUUCUUUAUCUUGGAAUAAGUGAAGAUCACGAAGCACAGCUUAAAAUCCUACAGGCUUUGACAAAGAAGUUUGAAUUGGACCCUGGUUGUCAAUUACAAGCAAUCAGCAAUGAAUGCCCAUUGAACUUCACUGGUGCCGAUCUUUAUGCAUUGUGCAGCGAUGCCAUGCUGAAUGCAAUUAAAAGAACAGUAGCAGAWCAACCAGGCAUCAAUAAUGAGACAGAACCAAGGUUCUGUGUGAAGCAGGAGGACUUUCUAGAAGCAUUACAUUAUCUUACACCAUCAGUAUCUGAACAUGAACUACAAAGAUAUAAGAAAAUUCAGCAACAGUUGUUGACUUAAAGUUUAAGAAGCCGUAAUAGAAAUGUAUUACAGGCCRCGGAAAUUGAUGACUUCUUCAGCGAAGAAAUAGCGGAAAAGAAGAAUGAAACGGGAAAAAAAGUCCAGUUAGCCUCAUUUGAAAUAGGGAUUUUCAAACCUGAAGAGAUCCAGUGGGAAAUAAAAGAAAAUCAAGUUUUCAUACGAGGACAGAAGAAACUAUCKACAAAUAGAAACAUCGUMCAUGGUAGUCGAUUUGAGCGUUGCAUAUCAAUUCCCACAGACAUUUCAGCGGAAACUGUGACAGCAAAGUUCUCUACCCGUGACGGCGUGCUCAUUAUUGAAGGCUGUAAAAAGAAAACGAAAUCACGAAAAAUACAAAGACAUGCGUUUUUCUCAGACUCUCAUUUUAGCCUCUCAAUCGAUCUAGGUGAUGAGAAUCCUUGCAGUAUCAACUCUACUCAAACAGACAAAACUAUUGAACUGUUUUAGGCACUUGUUUCAAGUCCUUUUACGAAGUACUUGGACCCACUUAUCUCCUUGAAAGUUUGACAAGAUCAUUUAAGGAUGCAACAAUUGAAUGUUGUCGACGUUCAACCUAAACAUUUAUUACGGUUAUAAGAUUAAAAAACGCACGGACCUGAAAGAGUUGAGUAGGCAUAGUCGUAUAAUUGCUGUUUAUGUCUACAAUAGAUUAGAGUGACGCUGCGUUUUUUUGUUGUUUUUUUUUGAAAUGGUUAAUAGUCAAUUUACCGCCAUAUACUAUCUUCUGGGUUUAGGCACGUUACUAACUUGAACGUUAUGUAAUUUGUGUUUCAAUGUUUAAACAACUGUCAACUGGGAUCACAAUGGCACGUUUUGGCUAUCUUUUUACGAGUCUAAAAGGUCUAAAAGGUUUUUUAUCUCGCCAGCCUGUAGUCUUAUCAUGGGGCUAAACUGACGGAGAGUGUAUUGUAUAUGAUUAUGUGUUUAUUCAAAUCUACAGUUGGGGUAGUGAUUGUGUCGUCCACAUCCGAAGUUAAGAAGUAAAAUAUUAAAUAUACAAAUCAUU